ACUAAUUCACUGAACUGAACUGAACUGAACCAGCAUGUACUUAUAAAAUCAACAUACAGAUAAGCAAACUAACAAUCAAGCAUAUACUUCAUAAACACAAUCAAGUAGCACAAUGCCAUACUCGGUACUAAGAACAUCGGUAAAGAGAGAAGAGGUGACGUCGGAAUUCUUAAAGGGACUUUCUGAAACGCUGGCCAAAUGCUUUGGUUAUGGCAUUAAACGGAUAGCUGUUGAGGUUCAUACAGAUUUACGUAUCAUGGUUGGUGGAGAGAUUGGGGACGCUCCCUACCUAUUCUUAUAUAUGGUUGGAGUUGGGAUCAAGAAGGCUGAUGUAUCAAACACUCCAAGUUUAGAAUAUGUACAGGGCGCCAUCCCAUCAGCGCAAGAUCCUGAUAGAUUCCUACUGAACUUCCAUCCACAAGAUCCCGAUCUUCUUGGUAUGCGGGGUACGACUGUAACGGAAGUACUCUGGCAGUUGGGACUUGAAGAUAAAAUUGUUUAUCCAGAAAAAUAA